GAGAGAGAGAGAGAGAGAGAGAGAGAGAGUGAGUGGAUGUGUGUGGAGAGGACGAGCUGCGCGGUUGGAACCCGAAACCGAGAAGGAUGUAAGACAAAGACGAAGCAGGGAAGCGUUGGAGGGACAGUUAGGCUUCCAAGAUAUCCACACUGAUUUUGGAAUACCAACAACUGAAGUGAUACCACUGGACUCAGGAUGGGAACUGUCCCUAACCCCAAAAGGACUGUUACUGUUCAAAUGGUCCCACAGCUGUCUGGUAUGGAUACUUUGGGUAACAAAGAGACAAAUGCCAACUGGGACCAGGAAUCAAACUUAAACGUGAAGCGCAGUCACUCCUCUGCUCAAAAAACAAAACCUGAUCAGGAUAAUAUGCAUUUAAAGUCCCCCAAUGCAGGUCCCACAAACCUUGGAGAAAAGCUCUUGGAAGGGACAUCCAACUCUCCUUUAUAUGACAGUGGAGGUCACAAGAACCUUGGGGCCCAGGAUCGCGCAAAUAUCAAGACAGGUCCAUGUGCGAACAAUGCUGAGGAAAGUCACAAGGAUGGCAAUGCUAAUUCAAGACCACUAUCAGCCCUUUCUGCCAAAAGGGAGGAUGUGUGUGUGACUAGCCCGUCAUCUGUAGUUACGUCGCCUAAAGUUGACAAGGAGACGAAUGGCAAUGGUGCAAAAAUGGCAACCAAAAGGGAGGGGUGUGAGGACAAACUACAGAGUAGGGCUUCAGUGACAGAGGAAACCAUUUCUUCUACAGGUACAAUGCACAAUCAAAAGCUAAGCCACGCUAGUGACCCAAAGCUGAUGGGCUGUGCUGCGAUGUCACCCCAACAGAAUGCACCUACCAGCUCUAGAAACUUAAACAAGGACGUUUCCCACUUACCUGAAUUGAAAGAUUCAAGUUGCUCAAUGAAAUCAGGCCAAGCUGUGACAACCAGCUUGGAUCUGAUGAAGCAACCACUACCAGAAUCAACCAGGAAAGCUCAAGGAGCAGGUUCCUCCAAAGAUUUAAAAUCAGAAGUUUCAAAAUCAGCAGAGAUCUUUCAGCCAACACAUAUCAAUGAGAAACCUGAGACAGGUGUUACCCAACAAUCUGUCAAGGCACAGCCCACACCUGUUAAAGAGGAAGGUCGCUGCUACAAAUCAGAAUGCUCAGAAAACAGCGCAGAGCCCCUGGUGACCUCACAAAUUUCUUCUCUCCACAAUACAAUACCAGUAAGCAGUAUCCCUCUUUCUCAUGACACCUCCUCUCAUGCUCAGCUGACUGACGAAGCAGUUCAAACACAAGGCUCUGCCUCGGAGGAAAACAAGAAGACACACUGUAAGCUGUACCGUGAGGCUUCCACCAUGACAUCAGCAGCAGAUUGUGGCUCCUCGCCCUGCAAGCAACACCAAGACGUGGAAGUGCAGGCUGUGGCUGCGGUCUGCAGUCGAGCUGUGGCAACAAGUCCCAGUCUUUUUACGCACCAACCCAACCAGGCAUGCAUCUCUUCUCAGACGAAUGAAACAGAGAGCCUUGCAGUGGUUUAUAAAAUGGACAAUGCGGCGGCUCCUUCACUUGUUCCCUCACAGAUUCUGAUGGGCACGUCAGUUAGUUCAUGUGGUCAGUCUAUAAUGACCGUAUCAGAGAAGGUUCCUCAACCUGGCAGUGUUUCAGUACACACUGAUGCUGCUCUACAACAGGAGUCUAGGCUUGGAGCCAAACCCAAAGAGCCAGGGCCUCCUCUGCUCAAUGCCCAGAAAGGAUAUCCACCCCUUCAACCAGUUUAUCAGAUCAAUAUAGAGACGGUCAGCCAAAAUAAGCCUUCAGCUGAAGCUAGCUGCCACAGUCAGGGCUACAAAGCCUCCCCUGUGCUUUCUACUUCAGAUUCGUCGAAUCAGGACUCUAUGCGGAAAGGCCUUUGUGAGAUGCCGACCACAGCAUCAGAUCAGGCCUGUCGAGUUCUGUCUGACACAAGUGCUCAGUCAGAGCAACCAGUCAAGCCUCCUGCUGCUAAAUGCCCCCUUUCACAGGCUGAGCCCCCUCCGCAGGACACCGUUUCUCAUGUAGAAGACAAGGCCAAAACAGAGGCUGCAAAAGUAGUUCCUACGCCAUCUUCCAAGCUUCCAUGCUCCACAUCGGAGGACAAGAAGAAAACAGAGCAGCCAACAGACAAAGCCAAAGCUAAAGCUGCUGUGGAGUCUUCAAAACAGAGUGGUUCCAAGUUGGAGCCAGAGAGGAAUAAAAAGGAGGAGGAGAAGGCAGCGAAGCAGACCAAGAAGAGUGUCCAUGACGUAGUGUGGGAUGAGCAGGGCAUGACGUGGGAGGUCUAUGGCGCAUCGCUGGACCCCGAGUCACUCGGCUUUGCUAUCCAGAGUCACCUCCAGUGCAAAAUCAAGGAGCAUGAGAAAAAGAUAAUGGCUCGGACGACGUUCAGGAAAUCCAUGUCAGGUGGAGCGUCUGACUCGCCAUUGGGGAGGAAAAGCAAGCGAAGGCAGGCUAAUGUGUUCAGGUCCAUGUUCCAAAAUGUCCGACGACCCAACUGUUGCGUACGCCCAUCACCAUCAUCGGUGUUGGAGUGAGAACUGCUAAGUAAUCGUGGUCCUACAAGAUUGUUCUAGUGCAAAGCAUGACAGAACUACCCCCAUUCCUGAUGAUGGAUUUGUGGCAUUUAAACCCUAUUGGUGAUAUGAGUGUUAGAAGGUGGAAAACAGUGUUAGAGGAAAUAUUUUUAGAGACUAAAAAAGCUAUUUAUGUGGAGAGUCAAGUCAUAGCAGUAUUUAGAGUGAAAUGGCAAUAAUAAUACUUAAUACAGUGUUGAUAACAGAACAAAUUUAGUUAUAUGCAUGUAUAUUUGUUCAAAUGGCCAGCUAUUAACCUCACAUUGUGGAAUCCACAUUUAUGCAUUGCACUGAUUAUCAGAUGUAAGCAUACUAAUUAUACAUUUUUUUUCCACAACAUUUUGCAAAACCUUGUGCAGUUUAAUUAUUAUUGUACUCUCAGUACAGUAAAGUGUUUGGUAAAUAUUUGUUUUGCAUUUCUGAAAGUGGACUGGCCCCAUUUUUAGCAUUUAAUGAGUUCUCAAAGUUUCAGAGAUUCAUUACAAUUACUUAGACUUGAUAGAGUAAAAAAUCCACAAUAUGUUGUGCUUGUUGUUCUGCAUAAACUAAGCCUGUGCCAUUCAACCGUAGUGUUACCCUGAUUUUAUAUUAAAAUCAUCAGGAGAAUACUGUUUACUCUCGAUGUAUUCAAUUUUUCCAUAAGCAGUGCCUUUUUGACUUAUGUUUGUGCUUCGUUUAAAUAUGUACACACUUUGAAGUAAAAGUAAAUUGGAAUGCUUAAUGCAUUUUGCUUCGAUACCACAUCGUAUGUUAGGCUACGUUCACAUUUCCAGGUUGAAGUGACACAAAUCCGCUUUUUUGACCUAAUGUGACUCAGAUCUGAUGUUUUCAGGGCUGUGUGGACACGCAAAUCUUGUGUUCUUAGAUCGUAUAUGUAUCCAAUUCGUGGUCAUGUGACCUUAUUGUGAACGCUCAGAUCAAAAUUCAUGCGUUUUUUUUUUGUGUGCACCAGUAGAAUCAUUCAACGUUACCAUGGCAGCUUUACCAGAUAAAAAAGCCUGUAAACAAUGAAAAAAGCAACACAUCUUACCUUGUUUACGUCUGAGAGCUGGUCAGAGUUAAUUAUCUUCGCAGCGAAGGCUCAUUCUGCUUGUUAGUUCGUUUGCUGAUGAUGCACGUGACGCAUACAACUCAUCUACAUGACGUUACUGAGUAGGAUGUGCGCAUCCGGGUCAUUUCAGGACACUGCUUCGUUCACAUUAAUGACAGAUUUGAAUCACUUACCUGUGCCAUUGUGUCAGAGAUGUCGGAUUUGAGCAAAAUAUCGGAUUUGAGCAAUAUUAUUGGCUAAUAUCUUUUUUUUCUGCAAAAAAUGGAUGGAAUAUAUGGCGAAUGAAACAUGUAUGAUUUACCUUCAUAAAUUGUUUGAUGUGAAGUAAGCUGCAA